GUGCACUCGCGCAUGUUGGCUCAUAACUCUUCCGUUGAUUGCAUCGUUCACUUGUCGAUGUCCGCACGAUCCGUGCGAAGCAUAACAAGCAGCCUGUGCCAACCGAAACACAUAAUACAACUCCUUUUGUGGAUGAGACGUGCAAACGAGUGGUAAUGUUAGAUAUGUGGCCCAUGGACAGUAUUUCAAUACGCGAAGUAUCGUUCUACCGUGACAAUACAGUUUAAAAAGUGUACAAACUAUUCCUAAAUGUUAGUGAUGCCGGGUCAAGCAGGAAGCUCAUACUGGGCCGCUGUGGAUUUUGACAGUGAAGGAGACGAUGGGCAAACACCACCUCCAAACCAUCGAGUCUACCUUGAUCCAUGGGAUAACGAAGCUUAUGGGAUCAUGCAAGCAGAGACAACGGAAGAGGAGAAUUUAAAUUCGUUCGUUGGAGAACCUGUCAGUGCCAGCUUUUAUUAUGUUCCAACGAAAAACUAUGACUCUGCCGAAGAAGCACCUACUCCAGCGAGAAGAAAUAUAAUACCACCAGAAGAAAUUAUUGCCCCCGAAUAUCCAUGUUAUGGCAGGAAAAUAUCCAGGCCUGUACUACACGAUGUUCACCCCGAUUUCGCAAUUUAUGGAGAGAGACCAAUCCGUGAUCGCCGAAGGUCUAUGUAUGUAGAUGAGUCAAUAUAUUCACCUCACCCCAUUCUGUAUGAGCCAUUGUACGGUCCCAUACCUGUACCACCACCUGUAUACAUACCUCCGCCACCAAGAUCUCGGUUGUCUUUACCACACCACCCUGAAUACAUGAUGGCGAACCUCGGAUACAACAAACAAAGAAGACAUUCCAGGUUGACUGACGCGUACGAGCAAUUUGCGUACGAGAGCUUGUCGCCGGAUUAUGAGGACUGGGCUAGGCCGUUCCCCAAGACUGCCCCCGACAACUUCCACCUGUCGAGAUAUGGACACCUGCAGAUCGACUACUCCUGCAGCUGGAAUUCUCUCGAUAGACUUAUCCGAAAUCAGUAGGUGACUGGCAAGAUUUAAUGAUAUAAUAUAUUUAAUGUUGAGGUACGGUUAUGUACAAUAAUAAAAAAAUGUUUAUUACGGUGAUAUUUUACAAAAAUUCUAUUUCAUUAUCGGUCA